GGGCUGGCGGUGCCCGCGCGGCGGCGGGAGCUGCGCGCUAGGGGCGGAGCGGGAGGAGGCGGAGGAUGAUCCCGGCGGCGGCCGGUGCAGCGCGGGCCAGAGGCGCGGCGCGCGAAACCUUCGGCUCCCCGGCGGAGCGUGGCGGAGGGCGGACGGGCAGGCGCGGGGCCCUGGAGCCCAGGACCCGGCUUUGUUUCCCUUGCCUCCUCGGUGGCGACGUGCAGGGGUCGUUCGAUCGGCGCAACACGCCGCGCUCGGAAGGGAAGGGGCGGACAAAAAAAGACCAAAUGGCCAAGCAACCUUCUGAUGUAAGUUCUGAGUGUGACAGAGAAGGUGGACAAUUGCAGCCUGCUGAGAGGCCUCCCCAGCUCAGGCCUGGGGCCCCUACCUCCCUACAGACAGAACCGCAAGGUAAUCCCGACGGCGAAGGGGACCGCUGCCCCCACGGCAGCCCUCAGGGCCCGCUGGCCCCACCGGCCAGCCCUGGCCCUUUUGCUACCAGAUCCCCACUUUUCAUCUUUGUGAGAAGAUCUUCUCUGCUGUCCCGGUCCUCCAGUGGGUAUUUCUCUUUUGACACAGACAGGAGCCCGGCACCCAUGAGUUGUGACAAGUCAACACAAACCCCAAGUCCUCCUUGCCAGGCCUUCAACCACUAUCUCAGUGCAAUGGAUCAGUUGGAGAAUCUUAACCAAGUGGCACAAAAUAUCCACGGUGAUGCCUGGUACAACUGAUGAGAAGACAGCUGAUGGGGACAGUGGCACUUUGGAGAGUGUUUAUCCCAUCAGCAUUAAAGUUGCCCCUGAUUCUGUCCUGCAGGACAUGAGUUCUUGGAGUACAAGUGUUUCCAUAUCACAUCAUCACCAGGCGAGCAGAUUUUGAAGUCAGAUAUCCCAAUCUUUAAACGUUAACAAUUACUUUAGAUCCUAUAGUCACUGUUAAAAGGCGGAUUGAGAUUUGACUCUUAAGACCUCUUAGCUUGUGCCUUGGGCUAUGCACAUUUCUGGUACACCCCUCAAGGAAGGAUGGCUCUGCAUGUUGCUUCUCCACCAAAAGAAAAACCAUUUAUUUUGAUCCUUAUCAUCCACAAUCAUGUUUGGUAUGUGUCCGGCCAGUCAGACUUGUAGAUGACAUUAGGAACCUGCCCAUGGUGUCAAUUAAAACAUGUUCUCUAUGAACCACUCUGGGGACUGUUAAGCCCUCCUAACAGAAGGAGCUGGGAGUCUUGUGUACUACUCUGGCUAUUGCUUUCAGACGUACUUCUGGGCAGGCACUUGCUACCAUUCUACCACGAAAUACACCCAGCAUAUGGGCAUGUGCCGAGUUAACAAAGCUCCCUGGUAUAAGUGCUUAAAAACCUGUGUAUUUUAAGAACCCUCUGGAAGCUAUUAGAGUCUUAAUACUGUGAGCUUAAGUAAUGGUCUCUGCAGGUGGAAUAAUCUGGGGAAAUAUUUUCUCCUUUCCUGUUCACUAGGAGUAGUGGCUGAGUUAGGGCAUUCUCUGAUGUGAAGAUAGUCACAAUUGUUUUAUUUUGGGUCCCAUUCUAUUUAGGAAGCUAAUUACAGUGUAAUUCAUCAUAAUUUGAGAUGACUGAUAACUGAGCUUUAAAGAUCACAGUCUAAAUUCUUAGGCAGAGUUAAUGGUCAUAGCUGUGAAGUGCUAACUAGAUUGCACUUCCAGUACAUUGGGAUGAUGUUAGCUUGAAGGUUAAUGCGUGAGUUUACACAGCGAGUGACUGGGGUUAAUGCACUAGAGUUGGUUUCUAUCCGUAAGCUCUGGAGAGAUUUGCUUGGGGAGGGGGUAUGUUGGGAUGGGAUGGAAUGGGGUGGGGCAGAAAUUACUGACAGAAUAAGAGGACUUAGCCAGAUGUGAGGUUAUUAAAUUAGACACACUCAAGAGUUUUUGUCCACCACUGCUGGUUUUCUGACCACCCUCACAAUCUUAGUUCUGCCUGAAGACUACUUAGGCUCAGCUAAAAAGUGAUCUCUUUAUCUUUUGGACUUGUUUAAUAUUUUUGACUCAACCAUUAAAAUCUUCAAUGCUGCUUUUGAUAAGUUAUUGCAAAAUACAUUUUCACAAAGGAGCCUUUAUGAUUGGUAUGAACCACUGGUCGUCGCACAGAGGUCCAGCUUAGCCAAGGGCUCUUCUUCUCGGCUGGCAAUUUGCGGUAGGAGACAGAGUAUGCCUUAAAAACCAUGUCCCCCUCUCCUCUGAUGUGUUGAGAUUGGACCUAAAGCUUUCCCCAUUAAGGCAGACUCUCCUACAGAGCAGAACCCCAGGUUCUUGUAUCUUUGCUGCACUGAGGAAGGAAGGGUCUCAUUGGAGAUACCUGGCAAGCAGAUACCGAAUUAGAGAUGUCGGCACAGUUUCCUCUGCAUCCCACUGUUUUGAAAAAAUCUUGCAAGAACAUUUUGUUUACUGUUUGGAAGUCGUUUUACUCGAUAGCAGCCUCCAUAUACUUUGGGGGGAUCAACUUGCCAAACCAUUUCUUGAACGGCUGAUGAUCUUAAUAAAAAAGAACCUUCCCCACACCCACUGACUGCCUUUCCUAGUGUUUUUUUAUGCCACAUAUGUUUCUCACACCAGUUGAUCUUUGCACACGCUCUCCAUCUGAAGCAUAAUCAGUAUGAACUUGGAAAUGCAAAGCAGAUGAAUAUUGAUUGUCAGCAGGGACUCCGAGGUGUUUGUGAAUGUCUUCAGCUUUGGACUGGCAGAGCAGAAUUCCAUCAUCUUUACAACCCCUCAGCGUCCUAUGCAAUUGGCCUCGGCGCUGGAGCGCGAGCUUCCUGUGAAAGGCAGGACAUCCUGCAGAUGCCAUCGUGGCUAACAUAAGACACCUAGACGUUGGAACCUGUGGCGCUCUGUCUGAGCCUGUCCGUGGGGUUGUGUUUUGUUCUUACAGUGUUGGGAAUGGAACUCAGACCCCACAUAAAGCACAUAUCUAUUCCCAGCAUAUCUGUGUUGGCACGGGAGGUGUGCCCCCUAUUAUAGACACAAGAACAUGGGUACAUAUUCACAUGAGUAGGUGAAGUAAUUUCUUGGGCCAUCUCCAUAGACACUCGGGUCAUGUGCACGUUAGCGGGCGGCUCAUUUCUUUUUCUUGCCUUAUUGCACUGACUAGAGCCUUGUGGUCUUGUUAGAUAGAAGUGAUAAAGGUUGUCUGAAGGAUCGUCGGUUUUCUGCUUAGAGAGUAAAAUCAUUAACUAGAUUAGUUAUAGGUAUUUGGGGAUACUUGUUUAUUUAUCUUUAUUAAUUUUUGUUUAUAAUCUUUAUUAAUAUUUAUUAAGAUUAGGAAAUUUUAACCAAACUCCGAAGUUCCUGAGAAUUUUCAGAGUUAGGUUUUAAUGAAAUGUUUGUACCAUGAUUCUGUUAGCCUGUUGGCAUGGUGUGGUACAGUGUUCAAACACUGUUAAGUGCUCUUAUAUGCCCGGGAUAAAUUCUACUUGGGCAAAACAUAAUUUGUGUACAAUGAUGGAUUGAAUUGAAUAUUUUAUUAUUUUUAUACCUUGAAAGGUGUUUGUUGGUGCUGUUUGCUUUCUGUAUCAAGGCCUGAAUGAGUUCAGAAAUAUUCCCUCUCUUUUAUUUCCAGAAGGAACUAUGAAAAAGCAGUCUUAAGUUUUGAGGGUUUUUUUGUUUUUUGUUUUUUUUUUUUUUUGAGACAGGGCCUCAUGUAGCCCAGGGUAGCUUUGAACUUAUGUGUAGCCAAAGGUGUGCUGGGUGCUUUAUCUUCUGAUCCUCCUGACUCCGCCUCCCAGAUGCUGAGGUUACAGACAUGUGCCACUGUGCUUCUGCCAGAGACCUGACACUCGGCCCAGAGUGUCUCUUGGUGAUAUCAGAGCACCCUUGGUCUUCCUGGUCGGUUUCUGUGUUCAGUCAUCCUUUCCCUGAGGCGCCCGCCUUGGUGAGAACAGACAGUUGCUGGUGAAUUCUCUUUCUGCCUAUUGGGGCUUCCCAGAUAGAGGCCUCUGAGCAACCUGCCUGGGCUCUGGAGACAGUGAGAAGAGUAGGCAACUGCCCCAGAGUCUGCUGAGAACCCUGAAGCCCUCCCCUGCCCUCCUUCUCAUUUUCCUGGGCUUUGCAGUGUUAGUGGUCAUUCAAGGAGGAGGGCCUGGCAGUGGAGCUGCUCCUCCCUCUGGGAACAGGUCUGAAUCUUUCACCUAGGUCUUGUUUGUUGUUUGUGGGUUUUCUUACUCUGUUUAGAUGUCGUGACAAUUCCAGGUUGCCUGGCUCAAUGGUGGCUCACAACGCCAGAGGCUGAGAAUCUAAGGUCAGGUAGAUCUGGUGUCUGAAAAGCUGCUUGUUCCGACAGCAGCAUCCCCAAGGUGUCAUCAGUAGGGGAAAGGUUAUGGUGUCUCUGAAGGCACUUAGCACUCCCAGGGGACCCCACAUUUUAAUACUGACCAUGUAGUGGCUAUGGAACAUCAAUUUAGACUAAGGUUAACUUGAUUGGCUACAGAGAAUUCAGGAUUUUAGAAAUCACCUCUCUUCCUUGUGUUUUGCUAUUGUCUGCAUGGGAUAACAGUAGAAAGAGAAUUAGCGGCUGAGAGUGGUGGUGCACACCUUUAAUCCCAGGAGGCAGAGGCAGGUGGAUCUCUGAGUUUGAGGCCAUCCUGGUCUACAGGAGCAGUUCUUGGACAGCCAGGACUGUAUACACAGAAAUCCUAUCUCAAAAAAACUAAAAAAGAAAAGAAAAAAGAAAGAGAUUAAAAUUUUAGCUACAAUCCUCUUUUUCAUAACCACACUGCCUGUCACUACUCUCACUUGCCCUGUAUGACUAGUGGCGUAACCUCAGGCUAUUCUCUGUUGCUUCCUGUAUGUGUGGAUAACCCGGUCUAAUUUCAAAAUAGAUAAUGCCCCUUGGGGCAUUUAUUAAAGAGAAUCCCAAGCCUUAUAGUUGUGUGUGAUUGGAUUCUAAGAUAGAGAGAUGAACUGGAGAGGCAUUGGUUUUACUUUGUGUUCAGGGUGCUGGUGGAGGCAGAUUGCAGUGUAUCUGUCUGCUUAUAGCUGGUGCUGUGCACACACACACACACACACACACACACACAGAGAGAGAGAGAGAGAGAGAGAGAAAGAAAGACAGAGAGAGAGAGAGAGAGAGAGAGAGAGAGGAUGAGAAUAAGACAGCCUGAGGGACAUGCCCUGGCUUGUUCUUUUAAAAGAUGACAGACUUGUUAAUAGCAAGUUUGGUUCUAAAGAAGUUCUUAGGACUAAAAGGAAGAAGAAACUGUGCUUAACUGUAAGUAGUACAGACACAGAUGUGUGACUUUUUGCUACUGAAGGAAAGAAAAUAAAAAAAUCACCUGGACAACUAUAA